ACCGGCCAGGCAGGAUGGUCCUAAUUGUGGCGCUCGUUAAGUUACGUAGGAGCUAGCGCACCGUUUCUCAAAGGAAGCCCCUCUGUUUUGGGGAAAAAACUCCCCACCGAGGCCACAGAUGGCUGUGCGCCGCGUUGCCAGCUCAAAAUUGGGCCAGAAAGUGAAUAUUUGUGCAUUGUAGCCCUUCCUGCCCUCUCCCUCGCGUUCCGUUUGCCGUUCCUUGGGACGGGAGCGCCUCCGGCUUCGUAAUUAGCCGCGGUUGUCGCUCAGGCCGGCGCCCGGGGGCCGCUCGGCGCUCCGGUUUGCGCCGCAGCGGAUGGCUCCUUCGGAUCGUCCCGGCGCGCGGAAGGAGGCGGCGGCGGCGGCGGCGUUGGCGGCGGGGGGGGGCCCCGGCGAGGCGGCGGCGGCGUUGGCGGUGCCGGAGGGGAAGGCGGCCGCCUACUUUGCGGCGCUGGCGGCCCAGCUGGGCGCCCUGCAGCAGCGCACGCAGCAGCUGGUCGACAGGGUCAACGAGAACCGCAAGAAGGACCACGCGCUCAUGAGCAGCUUCCGCGAGAGCCUGCUGCUCAAGGUGUCGAGCCUGGCGGAGGAGCUGGAGGAGCGCGUGUUCCGCCUCUACGCCGCCCACAACGAGCUGAUCCAGGCGGCGCUGCGGGAGCUGCAGCGGGUCACCGAGAGCAUCGGCCGCGGCGAGCGGGAGCUGCGGCACGUCUGCCGCACCGUGCAGGCCGCCUACGAGGAGCUCUGCCUGCGCCCCGAGCCCUGAGCGCCCGCGGCCCCUCCCGGCCCCCCCGGCGGCGGGUGCAGGGCGUCAGCGCUUCCUAGAGAGAGCUUUCACGUUUUAUGUAGAGCUUUAACGCAGCGUAUAAAGCUCCAACGUUUCAUGUAUAAAGCUCCAACAUUUCAUGUAUAGAGCUUUAGCGUUUCAUGUAUAGAGCUUUAGCGUUUCAUGUAUAAAGCUCCAACGUUUUAUGUAUAGAGCUCCAACGUUUCAUGUAUAGAGCUUUAGCAUUUCAUGUAUAGAGCUCCAACGUUUCAUGUAUAGAGCUCCAACGUUUCAUGUAUAGAGCUUCAACGUUUCAUGUAUAAAGCUCCAACGUUUCAUAUAUAAAGUUUCAGCGUUUCAUAUAUAGAGCUUUAACGCUUUAUGUAGAGCUUUAACGCUGCGUAUAAAGCUUCAACGUUUUAUGUAUAAAGCUCCAACGUUGCAUGUAUAGAGCUUUAGCGUUUCAUGUAUAAAGCUUGAACAUUUUAUGUAUAAAGCUUUAACGUUUCAUAUAUAAAGUUUCAGCAUUUCA